AUGAAAGGGCCGGAACAAAGAUACUCUUCACCAGAGAAAUAUUGUCUCGCUCUGGUGUACAUCUCACAAAGAUACCGACACUACUUUCAAGCACACCAAGUAGAAGUCGUAUCGAAAAAUGAAGGUCUCAGAUUUUUAAUUGAAAAGCCAAUGUUGACUAGAAGAAUGAGUCGUUGGGCACUCCUAAUAAGCGAAUAUGAUGUGAAAUUGGUGACACCUACCACCAUUAAGAGCCAAGCUUUAGCUGACCUCUUAUCGAUCUGUCCUGAAAAAGCAACGAUUGAAGAGUUGCCAGAUCAGAUUCCAGGAACAAUAGAGACUGUUUAUGCUUGCAAUGAAGAGGAAACAUGGACCCUUAUAUUUGAUGGAACACCCUUGAAUCCUCAAGGAGGGGCAGGAGUCGUCCUUACAGACUCCCAUGGAAGAAACCUGUCCUUCAUGUUUCGAUUGGAUUUCUCUUGCACCAACAAUGAGGCAGAGUAUGAAGCGCUAAUGCUCGGUCUAAAGAUGGCUCAAGAAGUCGAUAUCAAGAAACUCCAUGUCAAAGGAGACUCCAACCUAAUAAUACAACAAAUCCUAGGAGGGUAUGGCACGAAGGAAAGAAGUCUGGCCUUAUGCAGAGAGCAAGUGUGGCGCAUGAUGAAGGUAUUUGAUAAGAUCUCAUUUGAGCAUGUACCCCGAAUAGAAAACAAGCAUGCGUAUGCUUUAGCAACAUUGGGGAGUAGAGUCACUAUUCAAAAUGGACAACAUGCUUUGGAACACCGGGUAGCUGAAAGUCCUGCCAGAGAAGAAGGGAUGUCUGUGGAAGAAAAAACCAAUGAUUGGCGAACGCCUAUACAUGAACAACUCAAAACGCUCAACAUCACCAAAGAAACAAGAGGAUUUUUCCUCCUCAAUGGGCAAAUGUUCAGAAAAAGCAAUGAUGGACUCCUCAUGAAAUGUGUAGGAGAAGAAGAAGGGAAAGAAAAAGCAGAACAACUGCAUGGAGCCACUUGCGGAGAAGAAGGCCCCGAUUUGUACCGAAGGCUCCAGAGGUGGGGUAUUUAUUCAUUGUGA